GUCCAUGUUUUUAAAUACACAGGCGUCCUCGUGCUCCGCACCACCUGCCAUCAGCCCAUCGCAAAACGCAGUCUGCAUCAGCCGCCAUGCCGCCGGCCGGUAGCCUCACCGCCGACCAGCUCAGCUUCUUCGACACCAAUGGGUACCUCGUGCUGGAGUCGUUCUCGAGCGCGGAGGAGGUGCGGGCGAUGCGGGACCGCAUGGCUGAGCUCGUCGCCGGGUUCGACGGUGCCGACUCCAGCGUCUUCUCCACCAAGGAUCAUCGGCAGGUAAAGGAUGACUACUUCUUUAAAAGCGCAGAGAAUAUCUCGUUCUUCUUUGAGGAAAAAGCAUUUGGGGGUGAUGGAUGCUUGAAACAGCCAAAGGAACUUUCAAUUAAUAAAGUUGGACAUGCAUUACAUGAACUUGAUCCUGUGUUCAAAAAGUUCUCUUUCUCCGAGAGUAUUUCUAGCCUGUUCUCUUCUUUAGGCUACAAGAGGCCUGCAGUUAUUCAAUCCAUGUACAUCUUUAAGCAACCAGGUAUUGGCGGUGAGGUGGUGCCUCACCAGGAUAAUACAUUCCUUUACACGGAGCCUCCAUCGUGUACAGGGUUGUGGCUUGCACUUGAAGAUGCAACGAUCAACAAUGGUUGCCUAUGGGCAAUUCCGGGAUCACAAAAAAAUGGUCUGAAAAGACGAAUGAUCAGAGAUGAAAAUGGUACUCAUUUUGAUCACCCUUCCCCAUCUUAUGAUCACAAAGAAUUUGUGCCACUGGAAGUAAAAUCAGGGGCUUUGGUGGUUAUACAUGGAGAUCUUAUACAUCAGAGCUUUGAGAAUCUUUCCCCAGCAUCAAGACAUGCACUCAGCUUACAUGUAGUUGAUACUGAAGGAUGUGAAUGGUCCAAGGAAAACUGGUUACAAAGGAAAACUGCCCCUGAACCACUUUAUGUAUCUUAACCGAAACCAGUCACCGGUAUGGCAAUAAAAACAGUGAUUUCCAGCAAGGCAAUUCCUGUUGAUGGUGCUGAUCGCUCAUCUUGUUGCAGUAAAAUUAGGGAAUGAAGCUGAACACUGCUGUCGUCCUUUCACCUAUAAACUAUGUAAAUAUUCCUUACUACUAUGUUGUCAUGGACAUUUCUACCUACAAUAAGGACUUCUUUACCAAGGCUCCAGUUGAAACAAGCUGUCUCACCUAUA